GGGCUUGGAUUGGCUGAGCAGUUCUACUAAUUCCACUCAUCUCGACAGCAGCCAGUGGCUUGGUGGGGGCUGGAUGGUCUAAUAUGGUCUCAGUGAAAUAUCUGGCAAUUGCUGCUGAAUGUAACCUGGGCUUCUGUCUCCAGGUGAUCUUUUGUCUUUAAUCAAGCUAGUCAUAACCUUCUGUUUGAAGUGGUCUGAGGGCAGGAAGAGGAAAAGAGCAAAAGCUGCAAGACUUCCUAAGGCUUUAUCUUGAAAGUCUUAGAACGUCACUUCUACCACGUGCUGUUAGUCAAAGUAUAUCACAGGGUCUUGCCUAACAGUAACCUACCAUUUCAGGAGAAGAACAAUUAUUCCCUUUUCUGAAAAACAGAACAGGGACCACAAAACCCCCAACCUUGAGGUUGGUUUCAGAUAUGCCCAGCAAUGUUUUCUUUUAUUCAGAACUCUUCAUUUAGAGAAGAGCACUGAAGGGGAAGGGGACAAAAAUCAUCAAACACCAGACCUUGGAGCACAGACUAGGGAAAUUGGAAGAUAUUCUUCAACACCAUACAGUCUCUUGCCAUCUAUCACACACAGAAGUAAAGGGGACAUGGGGAGUACUGCUAAUCCAUUUUAGUAUCAAAGGAAAAAGCCAGGGUCACUGACAUCCAGGGCUGAAACUUUCUCUAAGUUCACAUCAAGUUUCCUGGGGAGAGAGCUUUGGGAAGAUGUGGUUCUGAAACCAUGGACCUUGACCUCAACUCCCAAGGGUGAUCCUUUGAGGAAGGAAUCUCACUCCUAGGUUCUCCAGAUGUCUUCCUAGGACUUUGCCUAAGGGACUCUUCGAAUUCUAAAGUUCAUUCCAAAAACAGGUUUGUGCUUUUUUGCUUGUAUGUAACAUUUAUACUACCAGUCAAAUAUCUGACUCCCUUUUGGUGACCUUUUCUCUGCAGCUGGGGUGCAUGGCUCUAAAGCAGGAAGAAAAAAGGGAACGCAGGCAUACACCCCUAAGAAAGGAAAGAACCUAAAACUGACCCCUAGAUGGGCAACAUCAUCUUCACUGAUAACCCCACUGUGUUAAGCGCGAAGCUAGGCACUGGAGGUGGUUGUGCCCUGAGAAGGCAGCUCAGGCCAUGCUUCGGUGCAGCGCGACUCUAGUCAAACAGGCAUUGCAGUCUUCACAAGCAUACACACACUCUCUGUGAAGUCUUCAACAGACCCCUCAGUCCCGAUUUUAAACCCAGAACUGAAGACAUAAAGCUCUGUCAUCACACAACCAAACUCGUACCGGUCAGAGAAUUAAAAGCCUCUCCCGUCACACUAGGAAACAACUUAUGAUGUCGGUCUCAAACCCCACAGUGUCACAUGCCUCACAUCACAGUCGACUGGUCACCCACAAUGUCCUGCAUCCGAUUAGGGACACACACGCGUGUCUACACCUGUCACGGCCACAUCACCGCUCAUACUCGCACUCGGCUUCGUCACGACCACAAACGCGCGUACAGAGGCUUGAGACCCGGGCUCCACACACCCCGUCAGCACUGUGGGGGCGAUGGGCUUCCUCACCGUGAGCGACGGUUGCCACUCCGAGCGCGAUGACUUUCAGGUUACGAGUCGAUUUGUAUUUGAGACUGCAUGCGACUUUGGAGAGACGACAGUAAGGGGAACUGCCUCUUUUCCAAAGAGGAAUCCAAAGGAAGACUGGUCACAUCUUGCAGAUCUCAAAACCAUGGCUCAGAGAUCACAAGCAUCAGUGUCAUUCAAAGAUGUGACUGUGGACUUUACUCGGGAGGAGUGGCAGCACCUAGAUCCUGCUCAGAAGACUCUGUACAUGGAUGUAAUGUUGGAAAACUAUUGCCAUCUCAUCUCUGUGGGGUGUCACAUGACCAAACCUGAUGUGAUCCUCAAGUUGGAACGAGGAGAAGAGCCGUGGACAUCAUUUACAAGUCAUACCUGCUUAGAAGAAAAUUGGAAAGAGGAGGACUUUUUAGUGAAAUUCAAGGAACACCAAGAUAAGUUUUCUAGAUCAGUUGUAUUCAUCAACCACAAAAAACUGAUUAAGGAAAACAGUAAUGCAUAUGAAAAGACAUUUACUUUAAGCAAAAACCCUAUUAAUUCAAAAAAUCUACCUCCUGAAUAUGACACUCAUGGAAAAAUUUUUAAAAAUGUUUCAGAAUUAAUCAUCAGUAAUCUAAGUCCUGCAAGAAAAAGACUUAGUGAGUAUCAUGGAUAUGGGAAAUCACUCCUUAAUACUAAAGCAGAGACAGCUCAGCCUGGAGUCAAAUCCCAUAAUCAACGUGGCAGGGCUAUUAGUCAUAAUGAAGUACUUAUGCAGUACCAUAAGGUGGAAACUCCAGCACAGUCAUUUGGAUAUAAUGACUGUGAGAAAGCCUUCCUUAAAAAGGGAGGAUUAAUUACGCAUAAUAGAACUUACAGAAGGGAAAACCCAUCUGAAUAUAAUAAAAGGAGAAGAGCAACCAAUAUUGAAAAAAAACAUACAUGCACUGAAUGUGGGAAGUCCUUCUGCAGGAAGUCAGUAUUGAUUCUGCAUCAGGGAAUUCACACAGAGGAAAAACCCUAUCAGUGUCAUCAAUGUGGAAAUUCAUUUAGAAGGAAGUCUUAUCUCAUUGACCAUCAGAGAACUCACACAGGAGAAAAACCCUUUGUUUGUAACGAAUGCGGAAAGUCUUUUCGCCUAAAGACAGCCCUCACUGAUCAUCAGAGAACACAUACAGGGGAGAAAUCAUAUGAAUGUCCACAGUGUAGGAAUGCCUUCAGAUUGAAGUCACACCUCAUUCGUCAUCAGAGAACUCAUACAGGAGAGAAACCGUAUGAGUGUAAUGACUGUGGGAAGUCCUUCCGCCAGAAGACAACACUCUCUUUACAUCAGAGAAUUCAUACAGGAGAGAAACCCUAUAUUUGUAAAGAAUGUGGGAAGUCCUUUCAUCAGAAGGCAAACCUUACUGUACAUCAGAGGACUCACACAGGGGAAAAGCCCUAUAUAUGUAAUGAAUGUGGAAAAUCUUUCUCCCAGAAGACAACCCUCGCUCUUCAUGAGAAGACUCAUAAUGAGGAGAAACCCUAUAUUUGUAAUGAGUGUGGGAAGUCCUUCCGCCAGAAGACAACCCUUGUGGCACAUCAGAGAACACAUACAGGGGAAAAAUCCUAUGAAUGUCCUCACUGUGGGAAGGCCUUUAGAAUGAAGUCAUACCUCAUUGAUCAUCACAGAACUCACACUGGAGAGAAACCAUAUGAAUGUAAUGAAUGUGGGAAGUCCUUCAGUCAGAAGACAAAUCUGAAUCUACAUCAGAGAAUUCAUACAGGGGAGAAACCCUAUAUUUGUAAUGAAUGUGGGAAGUCCUUUCGCCAGAAAGCAACUCUGACUGUACAUCAGAAAAUACAUACAGGACAGAAAUCUUAUGAAUGCCCUCAGUGUGGGAAAGCCUUUAGCAGGAAGUCAUAUCUCAUUCACCAUCAAAGAACUCAUACAGGAGAGAAACCAUAUAAAUGUAAUGAAUGUGGGAAGUGCUUCCGCCAGAAGACAAAUCUCAUUGUACAUCAGAGAACUCACACAGGGGAAAAACCCUAUAUUUGUAAUGAGUGUGGUAAGUCCUUCAGUUACAAGAGAAACCUCAUUGUGCAUCAGAGAACUCACAAGGGAGAAAACAUAGAAAUGCAAUAAAUGAUGUGACUUCUUUGUAAAGCCUUCCCAAGUUAUUGUAAAACUUUAGUUUAAAAAACAGCAUGCUAAAAUAUUUUAAAAAGGUAAUUUUAAUCACAAAUGUAAUAAUAGUUAAAGUACCAACUACCUAACUACUGUUUCUAGCAUAUAUAAUGGGUAUGAUCAUUUGUUAUUAAAUUCUAUCAGAAAUGAAGCUAAAUUUUAAGUUUUCAAGUUCUGUUGACUCAGUUUAUUUUUUUAAAAAAGUACUUACAUAAUACAUGAAGACCAAGAUACAAAAUGGUCAUAAUGUCAGUUUCUAUAAAAGAAGGAAAAUAUGAAAUAUAUUUCUCCUUAUGCUCUGGAAUAAAAAACAAUUGUUACUUCCCCAAAGAUCACCAUAUACCUGGCUUAAAAUAUCAUAAAGUAGUCUUUGCAUGUCUUUAAACUUUAUGUAUUUUUUUAAUCAUGUAUCAUGAAUUUUUUUGUGUCUUGUUUCACUCAACAUUUUUAAGAUUCAUACAUUAUUGCAUGUGGCAGUAAUGUGUUCAUUUUCAUUCUGUUUACUCUUCCAUCUUACAAUAUACCACUAUCUAUCCUUUUGAUGGAUAUUUGUAUUUUUUAUAAUUUUGUGUUGUAAUAAAAAUGUUGCUUAAAUGCUAUAAAUAUUCAUUUGUGUGCAUAUUUCUUAAUCUUAUAUUAAGAUGAAUUACUCAGACCAAGGGUGUGUGUAAGUUUUUUCAGCUAUGGUAGAUAACUGCCAAAUAUCUCAGACCUUUCUUACUAUGAGAUGAUUCACUUGGAGAGUAACAGCUCUGAUUGUAAGCAAUGUGGAAAAGAUCUUUAGCAGUCAUCCAGCUAGAGAAUUAUUUUUAAAAAUCCAUAUAAUGUUUUAAUUUUAAGACUGUUAAUCAUGAAUAUAUGAGUGUAAUAAAUUUAAAAAGACUGUUUAGCUGUGGCUUAAACCUUACACAAAACCAGAGAAUUCGUAUUGGAGGGAAUCCUAUAGUUGUCAUUAUUAUAGGGAUAAUUUUAGCCAUAACUUACACCUUAUUCAACAUCAAAGAAUUCAUACCAGAGAAAGGGAAGUUAAGAAGUGACAUAGAUGAGUAAAAUUUGGGAGAGUGAGUCACUUAGACAGAACUAUGAAAUAGAUAUAUAAGUAAGCCUUUAUACCUCGAUCUCAGGAAAUGUGGGUAUCUGAAAUUCUCAAAAUCCCUGGAGGGGCACCUGAGUGGCUCAGUUGGUUAAGCCUCUGCCUUUGGCUCAGGUCUCCUCCCAAGGAGCCCC